GUCGAAUCAGGUUGGGGCCACCCCCUGGAAGAAGUGCCCCUUGUGCAUUGGCUGGAACCCUGUUGAACGAGCGCCCUCUGUGGCCGGUGGCGCCCGCAGCAUCUCACCAUGUUUGGCUGGAAGCGACAGAGGAAGGACGAGGAGACGGCGGCUGCUGCGGCGGCGGCGUGCCCGCCCUUGGGGACCUCGCCUGCGGCAGUAGUGAGCGCAGCGCCCGCCAGCGCAGCCAGCAGCGUGUGCAGCGACCUGGAUGAUGCCCUGGCAGUGGGCACCCCCAGCAGCAGCGGCCCCUGCCUCCUUUCCGCCAGCAGCAUCGAGCUGGCGACGACAGGCCGGCAGGCGCUGGAGCACGGCAGCGUGCGGUCUAAAGCGGCCUACUUUGAAGCCCUCUGUCAUGCCAACACCACCAUGCACAUCCAGUGCUCCUCCGAGGAUGGCGCGCAGCAGUGCGGGCGGCCGAGCCGGGAGCCGCGCAUAAGUCGGCAGCUGCAACACGGCGCCUUCCCCGACGCCGACAUGGCGCACGCAGACAGCGACGAGGAGGCGGCCGGCGAGUGGCAGGACUUCUCAGAGGUCCAUCUGCUGCUGCGCAUGCCCCGCAGCCACGCGGCGCGCGAGCAGCCCACACCCAGCAGCAGCAGCAAGUAUGGGAGCAUAGCGGAGAUGGAGGACCUCAUUGAGCGGCUGCAGGAGGCGCUGGAGCUCAAGGAGGGGCAGCACAAGGCGGCGGUGGAUGCCUUCAGGCGGCGGUCGGCGGAGUGCGAGAACUUGCAGACGGUGGUGCGUGAGCUGAGCGAGAGCCGGUCCAAGGCGGCGUGCCAGCGAGCCGUGCUGGCGGAAAAGUAUGGGGAGCUGCAGAGCGAGUACCACCGCAUGCUGCGCAUUGCAGACCUCUCGCGCACAGUCAGCAAGGAGAACCUGGCGACCACGAGCCGCACCCGCAGCGAACUUCGGCGCGUGCAGUCGGAGCUGCAUGCCACCAAGAACCAUGCGCUGAGCCUGAAUGAGAAGCACAAGAAAGUGCGUGUGGAGAAUGCGCUGCUCAAGGAGAAAGUCGGACUCUUGGAGCGGUGUGACUUUGCGGAGACACAGGAGAGCGAAUGCAAGAAGCACUUCACUCGCUACCGUUUGGCAGAAACCUACUGAGCGCGCCAAGGCAUAGCCAUGUGCACAUUCCACCAAACCGCCCAUCAAUCCCUUCAGCGCCCUCCGCUGCGCACGUAACCAAGCGCUUGACAGCAAAAGUAAAAGUUUUCAGCUCCUGCACUCAAUCAGUUCAGCGCCUUUUGUAGUUUCCCCCGUGCCGAGCUCGUCUUGAUGGCCUUCCUGUACCCGCGCCGUGUUUGGCUUCCGACAGCGUUUCUUAGAGAGACUGUGAGCCCACACCGCACCCCAGCGUGCACGCGUGUAGAUAGUCCUCCGUUUCUCAUUGAAGCCGUUUGUAUCUGCUUAAUCUCUUCCAGCGAACACCAUUUUUCAGGCUACUGCACUGCGCGGCCGUCGUUUAAAACGCUGUGCAGUA